UAUGUGAAGCAGGUUAUGUGAAGCCUGCACUGCAGUCUAAAGCAAACAAGAGGGCCCUUUAAAAGAGGGUCAAAGGGCCGGGUCCGUCGUGUUGCCAGAAUAGAACAGACCCAGCUUCACGGCAUGGACUGUGUCACGACAGUUGACGCACUGUCUUACUGAAUGACCAUGGCAGUCGUCUCAGCUGUUGCAAGCAGAUUGUUGCAAGCAGCCGUCUCCGUCGUCCAUGGACAAAGGACAGCUGCCAUUGCCAGAUGCCGGGCUCUCUGUACUGUCGGGAGUGAUCACGUGGUUGCUAAUCAGCGGGCCAGGGAAGAUCUAGCGGCCAGCUAUCGCGGCCUGGACUACUACAGGAUGGGGGAGGGGAUAUGCAACCAUCUGACACUGAGGGCACCAGCUCGCAAUGGCAAGGGCGAAGUAAUGCUGCUGAUCCCCUACGGCAAGCACUGGAGUCAGGUGACAGCAAGUUGCCUGAUUGGAGUGGACAUACACACUAAGCAAGUGGUGGAAGGUGAAGGAGUCGCAGAGGACAGUGCGGUUGCUAUACACACCGCCAUCCACCGGGUCAAUGAGAAGACCAUCGAUUGUGUCAUGCAUGCCCAUCCACCCUACUCAACAGCACUCAGCUGUCUGAAAGACCCUCGACUCAAAAUGGUUCACCAAGGUAGCAUGAGGUUUUAUGGCAAAAUUGCCUAUGACAUGGAGUUCGGUGGCACCGGCGACACAGGCAACGAGUGUGAGAGGCUGGCCCAGAACAUGGCUGACAAAGAAGUCAUGGUCAUGGGUAACCACGGGAUUGUUGCGGCCGGCAAGUCGGCUGCUGUUGUCUUUGAUAACCUUUACUACUUUGAGAGGGCUGCCAUGUUUCAGGUGUUAGCUGAACAAACAGGCAGGGAGCUGGCCGAAGCCAGUGACAAGGUUGCCCAAGGUGUCACCGAUUACUACACCAAGAUCGGGGACUUCUUCAGAAUUUGCCACUUUCAGGGGCUGAAAGAAGUGCUGCAAGGCAAAGAGCCCGAUUAUCGCUCCUAGGCUCGCCUGAGAGGCAUUACGCAAACAGAAAUUCAGCUCAGUUCUCCUAAGGGCUAGGAUUCUAUGUUUGCCUGAGGUAGUGUGGUGGGCUAAUAUAGUUUGGGCAUAGUUGGACAUUAAAAAAGAUGUAAGACUAAUCAUGUAUUCUCCUAUCAGCUCUGUAUCAGGUAAUCUUUCUUUUGUCUGAAAGAUCGAAGUAUUUAAAAGAAAAUUCCAAUGAUGGUAUUGAUGGUAUGAAAGUUUCUUAAUGACAAUUAAAUACCGAGCCUGUUUCAUGUAAAUUUUUGAUGUGUUAUGUUAACCACAAAGAUAUAUUAUUAAUGUAAGAUACAUUGGUAAUGAUCAAACCCAUAUAAAUAAUCUGCUGAAAGAACUGGUGUAAAUCCUGGAAAAAAAUCAGCACAGUGAAGGAGAUGCAAUUGGAUAUUCAUUAUUCAAUGUGCAGGGAAAGUAAGACGUAAGGUAAGUAAGACGCAAAUCAUUUUGCUGAACUUCUUAGCAUUAUGUCUGACAUUAUAAUUAUGUACGUGGUUGCAAAAAAUAUUGACAUUCGUACUAUUGGGACUUCUUUUUUUUGUGAAUCCCCCUUUUUCGGGAGUGGUGUGGGGUCGUUUCUCGAAUACUAUUAAUUCAGCAAUAACUGUGUAACUUGUGUUAGUAAUGUUGAUCAUUCGUCAAUUUUAGAUUAAAUAUACAGGAAUCAAGGAUUGCUCUAGGCCUA